AUGGGGAACUACAUCUCAUGCACUCUAGCCACGCCUCUCAUCAAGAGCACCAAGGCGGCGCGUGUGGUCUUUCCUACCGGCGAAGUAAGGCAGUUCCGUGAACCGAUCAAGGCCGCAGAGCUCAUGCUGGAGUCGCCGAACACGUUCCUAGCCAACUCCAGGUCUCUCCACAUCGGCAGGCGAUUCUCCGCCCUCGCCGCCGACGAGGAGCUCGAGUUCGGCAACGUCUACAUCAUGUUCCCGAUGCGGCGGCUCAGCUCCAUCGUCACCGCUGCCGACAUGACCAUCUUUUUCAUCGCGGCCAACUCCGCUGCCAAGCGGAUUUCCGGCGGGAAGGUCAGGAUCUUGCCUGAGGCUCAAGCAGUCCAAAACGACGAGGAGGAGGAGAAAAGUCAAAGCGGUGACGGAGAAGGUCAAGGUCCGGCGAGGCUGAGCCUGGACGGAGUUGAGGGUUUGCAAGUGGCGGAGUUCCAGUAUAGAUUAGCUGCGUGUAGGUCAAGGAAGCCAAUGUUGGAGACGAUCAAAGAGGAGCUGAUUUUCUCAAGAUAG